AUUUUGGGUAAAAAUGUUGCCUCUCGUUUUAUUGUUCAUCGCUGCAGCCUCCGCAGGGCCAAGUUGUCGCUACUCGGAGUGGGACGAAUGGGACCAGUGUGAAAGGUCUGCCUUGUGCCCCCGUCCAGUGGAGAAGUCCUUCAAGACCAACCCCAGUGCCUCAGUCCCCAACGAUGUGGGACGCCAGAAUGGUAUAGAUAUGAUGGCGCUAAAAGAAGAACUCUGGUCUCGUCCCAAUCCACAGAGAACCAGACCCAACCAGAUCGGAGCCCCAGUCACAUGCUCUGGGGGCUAUGCUGGAACUUACGAAUGCCUUAAUGUUGAUCAACAGUCCUUUAUCAAUCUCGACACCUUAGAUGGUGCUGAUGGCAUGGCCUCAAGAGCUAACGACAACUGGGGGUGGACUGAUCCCACAAACAAUCGCGAGUAUGUCAUCAUGGGUCUUGAUGAUGGAACCUCCUUCGUCGAUAUGACUGACCCAGUUAACCCUAUUGUGCUUGCCUACCUCCCAACAAGCACCGUUGCCAGUAACUGGAGAGACAUGAAAGUGGUCAACGACCACGCGUUCAUUGUGUCUGAGGCUGCUGGACACGGCAUGCAGGUAUUCGACUUGAGAAGACUCAGAGGAAUGAGCGGACCAACGCAAACUGUUCAGGCUGAUGCUGUCUAUGACCGUCUCGGAAAUGUCCAUAAUAUCAUCUCCAACCCCCAGAGCAAUACCGUUUUCCUCGUAGGUGCAACCAAUGGUGACCAAGAAGGAUGUUUGGCUGGACUCCAUAUGAUUGACGUUAGCGACCCAACUAACCCAACAUUUACCGGUUGCUUCGCGGAUGACUUCUACGUACACGACGCCCAAUGUCACCAAUACAACGGCCCCGACACUGACUACCAGGGUAGAGAGGUAUGUUACUGCUACAAUGAGGACCAGAUGGCUAUCGUUGAUGUCACAGAUAAGGCCAACCCUACCUACAUUUCCACCAUCAGCUACCCAGGAGCUGCUUACACUCACCAGGGCUGGAUCACCGAGGACUACACUACUAUCCUCCUUGACGACGAACAGGAUGAGUCCAGAAGCUUCGAAGGCAAUACUCGAACUUACAUCUUUGAUGUAAGGGAUCUCGAUAAUCCCGAAUUGAGGAACACAUUCUACUCUGCCAGAGAGGCAAUUGACCACAACCAGUACAUCCUCGGGGACUACACUUUCCAAUCCAAUUACGAGGUCGGUCUCAGAAUCCUACGUAUUGACCAAGCUAAUUACAAUCUUGAGGAGGUCGCUUUCUUCGAUGUUGAUGACACCACACCAGGAGGACUCGUUUCAUUCCAGGGAUCAUGGAACAACUACCCAUACUUUGCAUCUGGAAAUAUCCCCGUGACCUCAAUUGAGUUGGGACUUUUCAUCGUGAGACCUAACUUCACUGCAAUGGAAGCCCAGCAUCAAUCCGCCAACAAUGGUUAUCAGUACAGGACCAGAGAACUCAUUUCCGGAAGUGAAGACACAUGCCCCGCCGUUAAGGAAAGACGUGAAUGUGUCGCACCAGCUUGUUGACUUUGAUGUAUAGCAUUUUAUGAUGUAGCACAUUAUUACAUUAUAUCUAAAUAUACAAGUCUAAAA